AUGUCUAACACUGCGACGACUCUUCUUGGGCGUCGCUUCUGGUCCUGUGCCAGCGCAUCGGCGUCGCAGACUCUGGGUCUGCAAGGGACGACUAUCUUAACUGCUGCAACAAGGAACGCCUGCGUCAGGGCUACUCAGCCGGCUGCCAAUCCGACUUAUAAGGCGGCAUCUUUCCGAAGAACCAUCCACUCUGGGCGACACUCGUUUCCACGACCGAACGUCUACAAUGCGCAACGAAGCUACACUGGGAGCGGACUGCUGUUGGUCGGCUUCACCACCAACGUUUCGCCCUCGCAGGCUGCGGUAGUUACUUGCGCCGCCGCUGCUGCCGAGUCUGCGAGUGCGGGGCUGACGAGCAAGUCGAAGCUCUACCAGCUGGGCCGACUAGCAUGGCGACGAGGCAUACACAACGACUCCAGGAGCGCAGCACCGAAUGAGAGGAGGCAUCACAGCUCCGAAAGCGGGAAGCCCGAGGAAAAGGGCACGGCGGCCGAGCCGAAGCAGCAAAAUGCUAAGGCUACAGAUCAGGACAAGGCCGACACAUCAGACCACGACGCGGAGUCGAUUGCCUCCACCAUGUCGAAAUAUUUGCACAUACCGAAGAUGCCGCACCGGCCCACUCGGGAAGAACUUCUCGCCGCUGCCAAUGGCUUCUUGGGUCGCAUGAAGGUGCGCUUCAAGUGGGCGGGCAUUAGAAGUAUGAGGCCGUGGAAUAUUGAUGAAUGGGGUGCUUUCGUAUCGUGGUUCCUGUUCGGUCACCUUGUCUGGAUUCUCGUCGGUACCACGACCUUCUUCUCCCUCAUCAUCUUCAGUAUCAACACGGUUUUUGCACAGGAAACUCUCGCGAAAUGGGUCGGUGAUUCUCUGACCGAGUCUGCUGGCGUCACGGUGGUCUUCGAGUCGGCCAUCGUCCCCAAGUGGGGAGACGGCGUCAUCACCUUUAGAAACGUUUUCGUAUCACGACGGCCCGGACAGGUCACAUCCUCAGUUAGCAAGGGUUCCUCGAAGAAUGCCGCGGCUGUGGCAGCCGCCGAAAAGCACGACGAGAAUGAUGUUAGAGUGUUGGAAGAGGACGACGGCAACUACACGCAGUACGAUGUCACUAUAGCUACCGUGAACGUCACCCUGUCGUUCCUGAAAUGGUGGAACGGAAAGGGUUUCCUGAAAGAUGUCGAGGUCAAGGGAGUCCGGGGCGUAGUGGACCGCACCUCAGUUGUGUGGUCGGAUGAGGUUGUCGAUCCUCUUUCGUACCGUCACACCCACGAGCCUGGCGACUUUGAGAUCGAUUCCUUCAAACUCGAGGAUCUUCUCGUAACGGUUCACCAGCCCAACGGCUUCCGGCCAUUCUCGGUCAGCAUCUUCUCCUGCGAGCUACCACAGCUCCGGAAACAGUGGUUAUUCUACGACUUCCUCUCAGCAACACACAUGUCUGGGUCGUUUGAUGGCUCUCUAUUCACCAUUCACCCUCGUCAGGUUCAUGGCACCGUGGCUGGCGAGAACGGAGACGCUGCUAACGAUGUUGGCGAGCCGUCGGCAUGGAAGAAGUUUAGCCGCCUUCGCAUCGACGGCCUCAAGAUUGACCACCUCAACCGAGGCGUUGAAGGUCCUUUCGGCUGGAUUUAUGAGGGAAAUGUUGACAUUGUAGCGGAUGUAAUGUUCCCUGCCGACCUGGACGAUAGCAUUACCAAGGUUAUGUCAGACUUUUACGACCAACUCGAGGAUGUGGUCAUCUCGAACCGCAUGCGCCUUCUUCAAAAGGACCUUCUUAUCGACGCCGCCGCACUUUUGGGCCCAACCCCAACAUCGGGUCAUCUUUCUCAGGCUGCACCAGAGGUUGUCGGGUACAGCACUCCGGAAUCUCCCGAGUCACACGAUGAAGAGGAGCCCGAGCAAAUGGACGGGGAUAGGCGGUAUCUGAUCAUGGAUCUUCGUAUCCACAUGAACGAUGUCAAGGCCGCCGUGCCCCUUUUCACGAAGGACAUCUCAUACAUCAACCAGGCGCUUGUUCGCCCCAUUGUGGCCUACAUCAACGCCAAAAAGACGUACAUCCCCAUCACUUGUCGCAUAGUCAAACGCGCUAGUGACUUUGACGGCAGCUGGACCAUCUUCGACUGCGGUCUGAUGGAUGACAUGUCAGCCGAGACGUACGAGGCCUUUGCCCGCGAUGUCGAAAACCAGCAAAGCCGCGUACGCCGACUCAAGAAGGUUGGCUUCUGGACGUUGAGUCUUGCUGUCCAUGCCCUCUUCAUGGGCAUGGCCGGUAACGUCAUCUAG